GCAGUUCCACCGAAGUCCAAAGGAUUCAACGCCUGGUGCGACACCUGGCACCUGUGCUGACGAAUGGAGCGUCCGUGCGCGCCAAAUCUUUCCUUCGUGGCCUGCUGGCCCACUUGAUCAUCGUGCCCGCCUGGGUGAUUCCACCAGGAGCUCUCUUUGGAUCCCUGGUGCUGGCUGGAGCACCGCUGGGACUCAAAGGCAUCCUGGCCACCAUGGGUGUUGGUGCUGGCCUGGUGUCGGGUCCAAAGAAAAUGCGACCAGCUUUCUGUGCGAUAGCACUUCUGGUGGCAGCAGCGAGCAAAAAAACCAAGGCCGCUGUGGCAGCAGUGGUGGCAUCGUUUUUGACGUGGCUGGUCUCCCGACAAGGCAAGAUCCCUAGAUAUCCAUGGCUGUUCAACUUUGUGAGCACGUGGGCCAAGGAUUAUUACUCAAACACUGCGCUCCGUGGGGCCUUGGACGAUAUUCGUCCAAACAAGAGCUUCUUAGGUUUCCAUCCUCAUGGCUGCCUUUGCGCUGGCUUCACCAUCAACUGCACCUACAAUCCAGACUUCAUUCGCGCCUGCACAAAGGUUUCCUUUUUGUGCGACCCUGCACUGAGGCACAAGAAUCCUGGAUUUCAGCUCAUGAGCGAGGCUUACGAAGCAGAUGAUCGCACGAUCGAAGCCUGCGAUCCGGAAGGCUUCAAACAUCACAUGCAAGAAGGCACUAAUGUUGCCUUUAUUCCUGGUGGCUUCAUGGACGCAGUGGCCUAUGAGUUUGGGAAGGAUGUGUGUGUGCUCUCCAGCAAGAAGGGCUUCAUCAAGUACUGCCUGCAGUUUGGAUACCGAGCGCAUCCGGUCUACACUUUUGGCGAGUGUGAGACGUACCACACCUUCACUGGGCUGCAGUCCUUCAGGAUGAGAGUCGCUGCUCAAAAUGUCCCUGCCUUAGCCUUCUUCGGCUGGCCUUUGGUGCCGUUUUUGCCGCGACCGCAGUCGCAAAUUCUGACCUAUGUGGGUCCAGGCAUUGACAUGCCACACAUCCCAUCGCCGACCCAUGAAGACGUGGAUCAGUGGCAUCAGGUCUACGUUGAUGCGCUCCGCAAGCUGUUUGAUGACAACAAGGCAGAUGCUGGAUAUCCCAAUGCGCAGCUGGAGAUUCUGUAG